AUGGUGAAUGUUCCUAAAACCCACCGGACUUUCUGUAAGAAGUGGGGCAAGUACCAACCCCACAAAGUAACACAGUACAAGAAGGGCAAGGAUUCUCUGCAGGCCCAGGGAAAGUGGCAUUCUAACAAGAAGCAGAGUGGCUAUGGUGGGCAGACUAAGUUGAUUUUCUGGAAAAAGGCUAAAACUACAAAGAUUGUGCUAAGGUUUGAGUGUAUGGAACCCAACUGCAGAUCUAAGAGAAUGCUGGCUAUUAAAAUAUGCAAGCAUUUUGAACUGGGAGGAAAUAAGAAGAGAAAGGGCCAAGUGAUCCAGUUCUAAGUGUCA